AUGGAUGGGUCUGAUGAUGAGCAGGUACCUAAGCAAGUAGAGUUUAAUGCUAAGAGUGACAUGAGAAAUUUUGUACUGAAGGAGAUGAAGUUCCCUAAUGCAAAGGUGUUCAGAGCUACUUUGAGGGAGUAUGCAAUCAAAAAACCUAUUGACAUCAAAUUCAAGCUUAAUGAGAGGACCAAGAUAUCAGUUCACUGCAAGAAUGGGUGUGGGUGGAGAUGUUAUGUAUCUCAAAUAAGUGGAGAGCUAACAUUUCAAAUUAAGACCUUGACUGAUGACUGUACUUGCCCCAAGUCUUUUAAAAAUAGCCAAGCAACAUCAGCUUAUGUUGCUAAGAGGUUCAUUGAGGAUUUUAGCAAAAAUCCAAAUUGGGAGGUGAGUGGUGUACACAGCCAUGUAAUGCAAAAUUUAUCUGUUGACCUAAGUGUAAACCAAGUGUAUAGGUCAAAGAGAAAGGCAAAGGAUUUGAUAAAUGGAGAUGAGCAACUGCAAUAUGGUGUCCUUAAGGACUAUGCACAAAAGAUAACCACUGUGACAAGGGGAAUAGGGUUAUAUUGCAGACAGAAAUGGCUGAUGAGACUUCCCAACCAAAAUUUAAGAGGAUAUAUGUUAGGGAGGCCAAAGGAGCUUCAGUUGGUCUUCAUUUCUGAUAGGCAAAAGGGGCUUAUACCUGCAAUAGAGACACUAUUCCCUACUGUGGAGCAUAGAUACUGUGUGAAACACAUCUACAACAAUUUCAAAGUUGAUCACAAGGGAUUGGAGCUGAAGGAUGCAUUGUGGAGGUGUGCUACUGCCACAACAGUAAGGGAGUUUGAGAGAUGCAUGCAGUACAUAAGGGAUUUGGAUGAAAAGGCAUAUGAGUAUCUUGCAAACAUUGCACCUGCACAGUGGACAAGGUCACACUUCACUCCUAGGGCCUUAACAGAUUGUUUGGUAAAUAAUUUGAGUGAGUCUUUUAAUGCAAUGAUAUUGAAGUCUAGGGACAAGCCUAUCUUAGCAAUGUUGGAGUGCAUUAGGGUUAGACUUAUGACUAGGCUUUACACAAAAAGGGAAGGGAUACAGAAGUAUGUUGGAAAGUUGUGUCCAAGCAUACAUAAUAGGUUGGAGAAAUUGAAGGUUGAAAGUAAGCCAUUUAGUGCUACCCCAGCUGGCAGUUUCCUUUAUGAGGUAGGCAGUCAGUAUGAGAGGCAUGUAGUUGAUUUGGUGAAGAAGACAUACAGUUGUAGGUCUUGGGAUUUAAAUGGUAUUUCCUGCAAACAUGCCAUAACAGCCAUUUAUACAAACAUUGAGACACCAGAAGACUAUACCCACCCAUGCUACUUCAAAGAAACUUACAUGGAGAUAUGCAAGGAGGUACUUCCUCCCAUGCUUGGCCAGUCAGAAAGGGCUGAGACUGGACAACUGCUCCCUUAG